CAAUUCUCAUUUGCUUGUGCUCCAACGAUGGCCACUCCUUCCCUCUUUCCAGAAGAAGCCCAUGCUGCAUCCAAGAUCCAGCCUCCACAGUUCUCUGUCAAGACUGAGCGUCACAAGCACUCCAUCACCAUCGGUCCAUGGACGAUCAUCGCAACAAAGAAACCUAUAUUGAACGGAAAGGAGAUUGAUGCCUCUGAGAAGGCCCUCAAUCUUCCUCUGCCAGAAAUGACCUUCGGCAACAACUCUCUCACCCUUACAUACGAACCUCCCACCUCGUCCACCCAAACUUCUUUAGCAUCGGCUGAUGCUUCCACCGGCAACAGUUCAGAGAGAAACUCACAAAAUUUUACAUUAUCGUUCAAAACUAUUGAUGCCUUGUCCGGUGUUGCGACAGGGGAGGGAUGGGAGGAGAGAGUCGGGGGUGGUGUCCUCGUUAGCAUGGCUGAAAAAUGGGGCCAAAAUAAGUCAUGGGCCUCCGAAAAUUCAACAUCCACUACGUCGCCAGGGCAGACCGCGAGCUCUGGAGGUCUGUUCGACGUCCCCGUUCCCUCAAAGCCCGUCAAGCCUCACGACUGGACAUAUUCCACCCUUUAUGCUGGCUCUAUUACUGGUACCAGUGUAUGCUAUGAACGUCUACCAAUAGACGCAAAACUGACUAGAGCUCAGACAUUCAUCCCUUCCCCUACUCACUCUUUGCCCUUGACUCUCCUAGCCCGACAGGACCCGGUGCUCGACCAGAUUCUCUAUUAUGAGGAUGUUCCGCUGUACGAAGAUGAGCUUCACGACAAUGGCGAGAGUAUGCUGAACACUCGAAUCCGAGUGAUGCCCCAUUGCUUUUUUAUCCUGUCUCGUUUAUUUGUCCGUGUAGACAAUGUCCUCUUCAGAAUGUACGACGUCCGGUUGUAUCACGCUUUUGGAAGCUCCGAAAUUAUCAGGGAAGUCAAGGGUAUGGAAGCUGGGUAUGGCGAGGUCAAGCGCCACCUGGAGAAACCAACAGAUCUCUCUCCGUUGACCGAUCCCAAUUGGGUCUAUCGAAUAAUGCAGUCCCUCUCAUCCCUUCCGCCUCAACGUCGGCAAUUCAUCCACCGGCGUUCCAGCUCGAGCGCGGGUAGUAAGAAUGGGAAACCUUGGCCUGGGCUUGGGGAAAAGGUCGAUGUUUUGAGAUUACCGCAGGGCGAUGGCGUACAAGAGAUCGAGGCGAAGUUAGGUGAGGUCAAAAUUUGAAGUGACUCUUUUAGAACCGGCCUAUUGUACUUAUAUCAUAGUGAGACCGCAAAGCAUAUUUUGGCAUCCAUGCAUACUGAUAGACUC